ACGAAACGCUCACUUCAAUUGCUCAAAGCUUGCACUAGCGAACGCGCGAAGGUAAGUAUGGCGCAUCCAGCGUCCGGAAUCGUGGCAUGGACGACCUCUAUCCGAACGUCUAUGGCGAAAGAUUCAUGUCGGCAAUUAUUCGAGGACCAAGUCCAAACCCACGGCUUCAUCUUCCUAGACGAUUACCUCGAGAAUAUCUUGGCUGGUCCAAAGCAAGAACCUAUCAUCGAGCUCGUCAAGACACCUGCUCGAAAGAAGACCGCGCCGAAGCGAACCAGAGCAGCCACUUUAGCAGCGGCAAAGGCUCAAAACGCUAUUCUUUUGUCCCUCGAGGAGGAGGAUAUAAGCAAGGAAAACCAGUCACCUGUCAACAGCUUUCAUAAAACCCUUCUUCAGGCAAAGCAAAAUGCAGAGGCCAUGCGUUCUCAUGCAGACAGCGAUCUCGCUGAGCAAGUCCUUCCGGAGCCUGAGCCCGCGGGCACGAUUAUGGGCGAGCAUGUCGGGUAUGACCCUGAUCUAGUAGAGGAUGAUCUAGCACCAGAGGUAGAGAACACGAUGGUGUACUCGCAGGACACCUUCCAUUCUAUUCCUCUUGGCUCACCGAAACCUACCCGUGAUCAAAAGAUACGCACUGGCAAUCACACUCAACCACUUCCUCAAAUACCGGUAGCCAGCUCUCCGAUCACGCAUGCCAGAGAUGCAUUUACUGCGCCGCUGCCCAUUUUACCUGCGUCCAGUUCCGCUCCUGCAUUAACAACUAUGGUGGUACCACUUAACGACUCGCCGUCUCGGACUCUUGCGCAUAAGAGCAGCGUACUGCAAUUUCCAACACUUCGCGCUCCAUCUCCGCUACGUAAGUCAAUGCGUGCGAUAGAACCAUCUACGGGCACUGGAAUUCUUCCGUCAACUACUGCAGCACCAGCGCAACCUCCCGCACUGGGCAAACGUACAUCGUGGCUGAUGAAGGCCAGAGAAGUGAAAGCCAUGGAGGGCAUCGUCCCUAGCAAGACGAGCAUCCUCGGCUCUGGUGCUAGUACAAUGGGUCCCUCUAGCCACACUGUCGCUCCCUUGAAGCGGAAGAGCGGUGACAUGCUUGCUGCUGCACCUUUGACUUCAGACAAGACCGACGAAGGACGUAGAGCCAAGGUGGCCAAGGCCUCCGAGUCCGAUUCUGCUCCACAAAAUUCGAAGGACACCCCUAUUCUGAACCAGGAGACAGCUAUGCCGACUCAAGCUCUCUUAAAUAUGGGGCCGGCUAGAGCUCUGCAUCUCCCUGAGGAGCGCUGGGAACCACUGAACGACAAGGAGGACGAGGCUAGUUUCAUGGGAGUCUUUAAACGUACAGUUGAAGGUCUUGGUGCGCGUGCAGGAAAAAGCAUGGGGAAGUCCCUUGGUGGGGGUGCGGCAGCCGUGGCACUUGCUGAAGCUCGUGCUGCAGCAGAAGCAAGAGUAGCGGAGAGGAACAAGAUCACUGGAGAAGAUGUCACGGAGUCAGAAGACCCUUCCGGAUCAUGCGCUGAAGAACCUCGACCGACGGCUGAAGAUGUUUACUCUAGAGAAUCAGAACACAGACUCAGUCUCUCCGACAUUGUCUCUACUAACGAGAACCCGGUAGUCAUUCAGUCUUCGUCUGCGGCGGAUGAGAGCGUUUCAACAACCCCGCCCAACUCCCCACCUCCCACUCGUACUUCUGGCUCUAGCUUCGUUCCUCCUCCUGGUCCAGUGUUCAACAAGCCACCUCUUCCAGUGUUCAUGCCUCCCACCUCAAAGCAGCCCGCACCCCUUGCCAAAGAGUUUUCUUUCAAUUUACCAAUAACGACCUUUACGCUUCCUCCGCCAAUAUCAUUGGGUCUACCGGCAAGACUUGCUUCGCCUCUGUCUCCCUCGCGUCAUCAUCCACAGGCAGGCGGUACACAAUCCUCGCAAGCAAGCACAUUUUCAGAUGCUGUUUUCGAUCGAGUGGAAGACAUUCCAGCCUGGAUGCCCUCUACUCAAGACACUGAAUACACAGACGGUACAGAGUCACAGAUUCAUCAAGCGAAAUUCGCUGCACUUGAAGAUGAUGACGAUGAUAGUUGGCCCCUUGAGGAGAAGUUAGCCGCAAGCGAACAGGGAUGGACUCCUUUCAUAUUCAAUAAUAAGGAGGACAGCAUGACGUGGAGUACUCUCCCUACUGAAUCUCAGGGACCCACCAGAACGACCGGCAAUUCAGCGAAGAAGGAGCAAGAUGAGGGACCCGCAAUCUCCGGUGCCUUCGCCAUGGAUAUAGAUAGUGACGGCGCUCAGGUCCAGGACAAUGGCACCAGUGUCCCCGAACUGGAAGCCGACCAUGAGUCAGAUAUGCAUACGAGUGAUUUGGGCGCUGUCAUUAAGGCUGGCCAGUCCGCUGCUACUCUUGUCGAGUCGGGGGACAUUCCGCGGAGCCACAGCCAGUUAUCCAUGGCCUCGACGUCGUCAUCUUCGCAGUCACAGACUGGGUUCUUCGGACAGGCCACAAAGCUCGUCAAUAGCAUGCUUGGCACGGGCAAAAAGGCCAAGCCGGAGGUCAAGAGCCUGCAGCUUGCAGCUGCUGCUGCGAAGAAGCAAGAAGAAGAAGCUAACAAAAAGGCCACCCGUCUCAAGGAGAUGGAAGCCAGGCGCCAGGCAGCGCUUGCUUGCAAGGCAGACAAGGAGAAGGCUCGCGCUGUUGAGGAGGAGAAGAAAAUCAAGGAGGAGUCCGAGAAGCGCAAACGUGAGCGUGACGAAACCACGGAAAAACGGCCUCUCAAGACCACUGCUGCGCUCAAGAAGGUUGAGGAAGACGCGACGAAGAAGCGCAAGAUCACUGUCGACGAGAAGAAACCCGAAGUUAAAAAGCCACCUUCAAAAGACAAGAAAGACACCCUUCCUCCUUCCAAGUUGGCGAAGUCCAGUCUGGCUACUCCUGCAACAAAACUUGCUUCUGCUUCCAAGACCCUCAAGGUCCCCGCGCCGUCUGCGCUUGUGUCGUCUGCAACAUACAACACCUCGCAAAAUGCCGCUGGGUCAUCCGCAGUUAAAUCCGCAGGUACCGAAGCGAAAACAGGCAAAGUUGGUCCUCCAAAGGGCAAAGCUAAGGCUGUACCGCAGGAGAACGAAGAUAACCUUCCCUCCGCCAUGGUGCAGAACCAGAUGGCAGCGCGUGCCAUGGCCCAGAUAAGGGCAGCUAAGCAGCAGCCACCCGAAAUCCCCAGCGAGAGUAUUGAACUUCCCGAUAUCAACAGCGAAUACUCAGACUCGGAAGAUGAAGAUCGUGUACGGACGUUUGAUCCUCCCGAUUGGGCUCAGUCGCCGGAGCUCCGACAGGCGUUGCAAAUGCAAAGCACAGUCGACCCGGAUGACAUAUUCGGAGCGAUCCGACCGUUGCGGAUGGAGGAGAUAUUCAGGACGAGGCAGAGCCGGUUUAGGGCACGGUCGAGUUCAGCAAAUUGGUCAGGCACGGACAGACUGACGGUUGAAGAAGAACGAGACUAUGCCCGGCGGAUGGGCUUUACGAAGCAUACAUCCUGAUGUGGAUUGUGAAACGCGUUUCAUCUUUUAAUCAUACGUACAUGUGUAUAUCAUAUCCUUCGUUCCAUGCAACAUAUUUAUUGACUUCAGAAAUGGC